AUGAGUGACUGGAAACAGAAUUUGAAUUUACCGCCCAAGGACACGCGUCCACAAACCGAGGAUGUGCUCAACACUAAGGGCAAGUCGUUUGAAGACUUUGGCCUCAAACGCGAGCUCCUCAUGGGCAUUUUCGAGGCCGGGUUUGAAAAGCCGUCGCCAAUUCAAGAAGAGCUGAUCCCCAUGGCCCUCGCCGGCCGCGACGUGCUUGCCCGGGCCAAAAACGGUACCGGUAAAACGGCGUCGUUCAUCAUCCCUACCUUACAGCAAAUCAAGCCGAAAGUGGCCAAGAUCCAGGCGCUCAUAUUAGUGCCGACGCGGGAGUUGGCGUUGCAGACGUCGCAAGUGGUGCGCACGCUCGGCAAGCAUUUGCAAAUCCAAUGUAUGGUGACCACCGGUGGUACCCUGUUGCGUGAUGACAUUGUGCGGUUGUCGGAGCCGGUGCACGUGCUUGUGGGUACCCCGGGGAGAGUGUUGGACUUGGCGCUGAGAAAAGUCGCUGAUUUAAGCGAGUGUGGUAUCUUUGUCAUGGACGAAGCCGAUAAGAUGUUGUCGCGUGAAUUUAAGGCGAUCAUCGAACAGAUUUUGGCGUUUUUCCCUAAGCAGCGCCAGCUGCUCUUGUUUUCGGCGACGUUCCCGUUGGCGGUUAAGUCGUUUAUGGACCAGCACCUCACCAAGCCUUACGAAAUCAACCUUAUGGACGAAUUGACCCUCCGCGGGAUCUCGCAAUUCUACGCGUUUGUCGAAGAAAAACAGAAGUUACACUGUCUCAACACGUUAUUCUCCAAGCUACAAAUCAACCAGCUGAUCAUCUUCUGCAACCUGACGAACCGGGUGGAAUUGUUGGCGAAAAAGAUUACCGAAUUGGGCUACUCGUGCUACUACCUGCACGCCAAGAUGCCUCAACAAGAAAGAAACAAGGUGUUCCACGAGUUCCGCCAAGGGAAAGUGCGUAACCUCGUGUGUCUGGAUCUUUUGACCCGUGGUAUCGACAUCCAGGCGGUCAAUGUCGUCAUCAACUUCGACUUCCCGAAGACCGCCGAAACUUACUUGCACCGUAUCGGGCGUAGUGGUCGGUUCGGCCACUUGGGUCUUGCCAUCAACUUGAUGUCGUGGAACGACCGCUACCUGUUGUACAAGAUCGAGCAAGAAUUGGGCACCGAGAUUAAGCCCAUCCCCGCCCAGAUCGACCGCAACUUGUACGUGGCGGAAAACGAAGAGAACGUGCCUCGUCCGUUUAAGCUUGAGGAAUUGCCCAACGCCACCAACAAUAGACGCAAGGGCUACGAAUACAAGGGCCAGCCCGGUCAACAACCUCCAGCACCUCAACAGCAACAGCAACAGCCUCAACAUGUCGCUUCGCCUCAGGGCUUACCGCCUCAAGGGUUGCCUCAAGGUGUGGCCCAGGGUGUGCCUCAAGGUAUCCCUCAAGGUAUGCCUCACCCGCAAGCUCAACAAUACUACCCUCCUCCGGGCCAGUUCCCGCCUCAGGGGUUCCCUCAACAGUACCCUGCCCAGUUCCAACAGCCACACCAGCCGCCGCAACAGCCGCAGCAGCAGUGA